GCGAGUCUGAGCUGGAUCAGGUUUGCUGGGAGACCAGAGGCGAUGGAGGCUGGAGGGGAAAAGGAGCGCGUUCUGAAACAAAGGCAAGUCCUGCUAUUCUUUGUUUUGCUGGGCAUAGCUCAGGCUGCUUUCAAGCCUAGGCACUAUUCAGUGGCCGAGGAAAUGGAGAGUGGCUCCUUUGUGGCUAAUCUGUUAAAAGACCUGGGGCUGGAGAUAGGCGAACUGGCUGUGCGGGGGCCCCGGGUCGUUUCCAAAGGGAAAAAGUUGAAUUUGCAGGUCGAUAGGCAGACCGGAGACCUGUGGUUAAAUGAGAAACUGGACCGGGAGGAGCUGUGCGGCCCCACGGAGCCUUGUGUAUUACCCUUCCAGGUGUUACUGGAAAAUCCCUUGCAGAUUUUUCAGGCCGAGCUACAGGUUAGGGACAUAAAUGAUCAUUCUCCGGUUUUUCUGGACAAGGAAAUGAUUUUGAAAAUUUCAGAAAGUAUCCCUCCCGGAACUACUUUCCUAGUAGAACGAGCCCAGGAUUUAGAUGUAGGAAACAACAGUCUACAGAAUUACACACUAAGCCCAAAUUUCCACUUCCGUCUUAAAUUACAAAAUAGUUCCAAUGGCAUAUUACCACAGCUGGUGCUGGACAAAGCGCUGGAUCGCGAAGAACAGCCUGAGAUCAGGCUAACACUCACAGCGCUGGAUGGUGGGACUCCACCCAGGUCUGGUUCUGCCCUGGUCCGCGUUGAAGUCGUGGACAUUAACGACAAUGCCCCUGAGUUUGCAAAACUGCUCUAUGAAGUUCAGAUCCCAGAGAAUAGCCCCAUUGGAUCCCAGGUUGCCACCGUCUCUGCUAGGGAUUUAGACAUUGGAACAAAUGGAGAAAUAUCUUACACAUUUUUCCAAGCCUCUGAAGACAUUCGCAACACGUUUCGAAUAAAUACGGAAUCUGGAGAACUUCUUUUAACACAGAAACUGGAUUUCGAAUCCGUUCAGACUUACACACUAAAUAUUCAGGCGACAGAUGGUGGGGGGCUUUCUGGAAGUUGUGUGGUGUUUGUCCAAGUGAUGGAUUUGAAUGACAACCCACCGGAACUAACCAUAUCAACGCUUAUCAAUCAUAUCCCAGAAAAUCUGCAGGAGACCAUAGUUGCUGUAUUCAGUGUUUCAGAUCCUGACUCGGGAGACAACGGAAAAAUGGUUUGCUUCAUCCAAGAUGAUCUUCCUUUCUUUUUGAAACCCUCUGUUGAGAAUUUUUACACUCUUGUCAUAAACACAGCCCUGGACCGAGAGAGCAGAUCCGAGUAUAACGUCACCAUCACCGUCACAGACUUGGGAUCCCCCAGGUUGAAAACCCAGCAUAACAUAACUAUUUGGGUCUCAGAUGUCAAUGACAACGCUCCAACUUUCACUGAAAGCUCCUACACCCUGUUCAUCCGCGAGAACAACAGCCCCGCCCUGCACGUGGGCAGCGUCAGCGCCACAGACAGAGACUCAGGCUCCAACGCCCAAGUCACCUACUCGCUGCUGCCGGCCCAGGACCCGCACCUCCCCCUCGCCUCCUUGGUCUCCAUCAACGCGGACAACGGGCACCUCUUCGCUCUCAGGUCGCUGGAUUAUGAGGCCCUGCGAACCUUCGAGUUCCUCGUGGGAGCAACAGACGCAGGUUCCCCGGCAAUGAGCAGCGAGGCGCUUGUGCGCGUGGUGGUCCUGGACGAUAACGACAACUCGCCCUUUGUGCUGUACCCGCUGCAGAACGGCUCUGCGCCCUGCAUCGAGCUGGUGCCCAGGGCUGCCGAGACAGGCUACCUGGUGACCAAGGUGGUGGCGGUGGACGGCGAUUCGGGCCAGAACGCCUGGCUGUCCUACCAGCUGCUCAAGGCCACGGAGCCCGGGCUGUUCAGCGUGUGGGCGCACAAUGGCGAGGUGCGCACAGCCAGGCUGCUCAGCGAGCGCGACGCCGCCAAGCACAGACUCGUCGUGCUGGUCAGGGACAAUGGCGAGCCGCCAAGGUCGACCUCCGUGACGGUGCACGUGCUCCUGGUGGAUGGCUUCUCACAGCCCUACCUGCCACUCCCAGAGGUGGCCCCGGACGAGGCCCAGGCCGACUUGCUCACCGUCUACUUGGUCAUUGCGUUGGCGUCGGUCUCGUCGCUCUUCUUGUUCUCCGUCAUCCUGUUCGUCGCUGUGCGGCUGUGCAGGAGGAACAGGGCCACCUCAGUGGGUCGCUAUCCGGUGCCUGAGGGCCACUUUCCGAGCCACUUGGUGGACGUGAAUGGCACUGGAACCCUGUCCCAGAGCUACCAGUAUGAGGUAUGUCUGACAGGAGGUUCUGGGACCAGCGAGUUCAAGUUUCUGAAGCCGAUUAUCCCCAACUUCCUUUCUCAGGGUGCUGAGAGGGUUAGUGAGACAAAUGCCAGUUUCAGGAAUAGCUUUGAAUUCAGUUAAGUAUUAAUGAAGGGUCGCUGUGAGUCGGAAUCAACUCGAUGGCAACGUGCUUGAUUUUUGUUUUGUUUACUAGGGAGACCCUAGGGUGUCCCUGAGUAGCGGAUAUGGUUAAGCGCUCAGUUAAAAGCUAGACUACUAACUAAAAGGUUGGCGGCCCCACCCAUAGGCGCCUCAGUAGAAAGAGCUGGUGAUCUACUUCGGAAAGUCCACACCCUUGAAAACCCUGUGGAGAGCAGUUCUACUCUGCAAGGCAUGGGAUCUGGUUUGCUUUGACUGUUUUACCAAGACUGCGCUCAGUUGGUUUGUGGAAUUUUUUUUUAACUGCUUUGCGUGUUGGCGAUGUCUCUUUUUUAUUUGAAAUGUAGCUACCCUAUUUCCAAUUCUGAGCAUGGUACUGUGUUGCUUCGGAGUAUGAAAAAUUCAUGGUUCUGUGGAUUCCGAUUCAUAGAGACCCUGUAGGACAGAGUACAACUGCCCUAUGGAGUUUCCAAGGCUGUAAUCUUUAGGGACACAGACUGCCACAUCCUUCUCCCACGGACCAACUGGUGGGUUUGAACCGCCAAGCACAUUACCACUGUGCCACCAGGGCUCCCUUUUCAGGAUAUUUAAAAUAAAAAAAAAAAAAACCCUUUGCCAGCCAGUCGAUGCCGACUCACAGCGACCUUACAGGACAGAGUAGAAUUGGGUUUCCAAGGAGCAGCUGGUGGAUUCGGACUGCCAACUUUUUGGUUAGCAACAGAGCUCUUCACCACUGUGCCACCAGGGCUCCUUUCAGGCUAUAGUGACUAAUUUUUUUUAAUUCAGUCAGAAUCGACUGGAUGGCAAUGGGUAAAUUGCUAAUUAAUCUCACUGUUACUUAAUUUGAUUUAAAGUUUGAAAGCAAAAUUUUUAUUUUCAUAAAUCUUUAAUGUUAGAGCACCCUUUUCCAAACUUACCUUCCAAAUUUCCUUCAUAUUUUUAACAUUUGCUUUUACUUUAUGGGUAAAUUUUUUUCCAGCUCAGAAUAUUUGAGUUUGUGUAUACCCUCUAAAGGAGCCCUGGUGGUGCAAUGGUGGAGCUCUCAGCUGCUAAUGGAAAGGUUGACAGUUGGAACCCACCAGCUGCUCUGAGGGGGAAAAGACCUGGAGAUCUGCUACAGUAAAGACUACAGCCUAGGAAACUCUAUGGGGCAGGUGUACUCAGUCAUAUAGGGUCUCUAUGAGUCGAAUCGACUUGAGGGCACACAACAACUCUCCUCUUGUCGUUAGGUGCCAUGAAGUUUCAAGUAAUAGUGAACCUAUGUACAACAGAAGGAAACACUUUUUGGUCCCGUGCUAUCCUCAAGAUCGCUAUGCUUGAGCCCAUUGUUGCAGCCACUGCAUCAGAUCCCUCUUGUUGAGGGUCUUUCUCUGUUUUGCU